AUGCAAUCGAAUGAUUAUAUAAAAUUACAAGUUUGUCCAGUUGAUGAUGGUACAAAUACAAAAUCAACUGUUGGUGCACCUAAUCUUUCAUUUAUUAUUCGUGAUGAAGAUCAUACAUUAGGAAAUUCACUUCGAUAUGUUAUUAUGAAAAAUCCAGCUGUAGAUUUUUGUGGUUAUACAAUUCCUCAUCCAUCAGAAUCGAAAAUUAAUUUUCGAAUACAAUCAAAAAUAAAUGAAGAUUCGACAGCAGUACCAGCGAUCGAUAUAUUUCGACAAGGUUUAGUAGAUUUAAAGCAAAUGUGUUCGAUUGUUUUAGAAAAAUAUGAAGAAAGUGUGAAAACAUUUAAAGAAAUGGAAACAAGUUGA